UCUCCGCAGUCCAGCGCCGCCCGGCCCGGGACCCACUCGCUCCCGGCGCGCACACUUCUCAGCCGGACGGAGGACGCCGCCCGCUCCUGGCCGCUCCUCUGCUCACCCGCGGCGCCCGCUCGACCUCCGGCCCCCGGUCCGGUGCCGCCUCACGCCCGCGUCCGAGCGCCGAGCUCCGGCCCCUGGGAGGCUCCCGGCCGUCGGCGGACCCGCCGCCGGCGCGCUUGGCGCCCCGCUCGCGGGGCACAGCGGAGGGCGGCGGCCGGCUGGGGAUGGGCGGCCCAGCGGCGCGGAGGGGCGCCGGGGGGCUCCGCGCGCUGCUCCUGGCGCUAGUGGCUGCGGGGACCCCCGUGGGCGCCUACAACCUCGACCCACAGCGCCCCGUGCGCUUUCAGGGUCCCGCCGGCUCCUUCUUCGGCUACGCGGUGCUGGAGCACUUCCACGACAACACGCGCUGGGUCCUUGUGGGUGCACCAAAGGCGGAUUCCAAGUAUAGCUCUUCGGUGAAGUCCCCUGGGGCUGUAUUUAAGUGCCGAGUCCACACCAACCCUGACCGGAGAUGCACCGAACUGGACAUGGCUCGAGGGAAGAAUCGGGGCAUGCCCUGUGGGAAGACCUGCCGAGAAGACCGGGAUGAUGAGUGGAUGGGGGUGAGCCUGGCCCGGCAACCCAAGGCUGAUGGCCACGUGCUGGCCUGUGCCCACCGCUGGAAGAACAUCUACUACGAGACGGACCACAUCCUGCCCCACGGCUUCUGCUACAUCAUUCCAUCCAACCUCCAGGCCAAAGGCAGGACGCUGAUCCCUUGCUAUGAAGAGUAUAAGAAGAAGUACGGAGAAGAGCACGGCUCCUGCCAGGCGGGGAUAGCAGGCGUCUUCACCGAGGAGCUGGUGGUGAUGGGUGCCCCAGGGUCAUUUUAUUGGGCUGGGACGGUCAAAGUGCUGAACCUUACAGACAACACCUAUUUCAAACUGAAUGAUGAAGUGAUCAUGAACAGGCGGUACACGUACCUGGGCUAUGCAGUUACCGCCGGCCACUUUGCUCACGCAUCCACCACCGACGUGGUGGGAGGCGCCCCCCAGGACGAAGGCGUCGGGAAGGUUUAUAUAUUUAGAGCUGACCGAAGAUCAGGCACCUUAAUUAAGAUUUUUCAGGCAUCAGGUAAAAAGAUGGGCUCUUACUUCGGCUCCUCCUUAUGCGCAGUUGACCUGAAUGCGGACGGCCUCUCUGACCUGCUGGUGGGGGCCCCCAUGUUUUCUGAGAUCAGGGACGAAGGGCAGGUCACCGUCUACAUCAACAGAGGAAAUGGAGCCCUCGAGGAGCAGCUGGCCCUGAGCGGGGAUGGUGCCUACAACGCGCACUUUGGGGAGAGCAUAGCCAGCCUGGGCGACCUUGACGAGGACGGCUUCCCAGAUGUGGCCGUCGGCGCACCCAAGGAGGACGACUUUUCGGGUGCGGUGUACAUCUACCACGGGGACGCCAAUGGGAUAGUCCCUCAGUACUCGAUGAAACUGUCGGGGCGGAAGAUAAGUCCUGUGCUACGGAUGUUUGGCCAGUCCAUAUCAGGGGGCAUUGAUAUGGAUGGAAAUGGCUAUCCUGAUGUAACCGUUGGGGCCUUCAUGUCCGACAGCGUGGUCCUCCUAAGGGCGAGACCUGUCAUCACAGUGGAUGUCGCCAUCUUCCUCCCCGCCUCCAUUAACAUCACGGCGCCUCAGUGUCACGACGGCCAGCAGCCUGUGAACUGCCUCAACGUCACCGUCUGCUUUAGCUUCCAUGGCAAGCACGUUCCGGGAGAAAUCGGCCUGCAUUAUGUUCUGACGGCUGAUGUGGCCAAAAAAGAAAAGAGCCAGUUGCCCAGGGUCUACUUUGUGUUGCUGGGAGAGUCUGUGGGUCAGGUCUCAGAGAGGCUGCAGCUGGUCCACCUGGAGGAGACAUGUCAUCAUUACGUGGCCCAUGUGAAGCGGAGGGUGCAGGACGUCAUCAGCCCCAUCGUGUUCGAAGCGGCCUACAGCCUGGGCGAGCACGUGACCGGAGAGGAGGAGAGGGAGCUGCCUGCUCUGACACCUGUGCUCCGCUGGAAAAAGGGACACAAGAUUGCUCAGAAGAAUCAGACUGUUUUCGAGAGGAAUUGCCGCUCCGAGGACUGUGCCGCCGACCUGCAGCUUCAGGGUCACCUGUUGCUCUCCAGCGUUGAUGAGAAAACCCCAUACCUAGCUUUGGGGGCCGUGAAGAACAUCUCCCUAAACAUCUCCAUUGCCAACCUCGGGGACGAUGCCUAUGAUGCUAACGUGUCCUUCAACGUUUCCCGGGAGCUCUUCUUCAUCAACAUGUGGCAGAAGGAGGAAAUGGGCAUUUCCUGUGAACUGCUGGAGUCCGACUUCCUCAAAUGCAGCGUGGGGUUUCCUUUCAUGAGGUCGAAGUCCAAGUAUGAAUUCAGCGUGAUCUUUGAUACGAGCCACCUGUCUGGGGAAGAGGAAGUUCUUAGCUUCAUCGUUACUGCUCAGAGUGGCAACGUGGAGCGCUCAGAAUCCCUGCACGACAACACCCUCAUGCUGACUGUGCCGCUGAUGCACGAGGUGGACACAUCCAUCACUGGAAUCAUGUCUCCAACCUCCUUUGUGUAUGGCGAGUCUGUGGACGCCUCCAACUUCAUUCAGCUGGAUGACCUGGAGUGUCAUUUCCAGCCAUUGAACGUCACCCUUCAGGUCUAUAACACUGGGCCAAGCACCCUCCCUGGGUCGUCUGUCAGCAUCUCUUUCCCCAAUCGCCUGUCACCUGGAGGUGCAGAGAUGUUUCAUGUCCAGGAGAUGGUGGUGGGCCACGAGAAGGGAAACUGUUCUUUCCAGAAGAAUCCAACCCCCUGCAUCAUCCCUCAAGAACAAGAAAACAUCUUCCAUACAAUCUUUGCAUUUUUCACAAAAUCUGGAAGAAAAGUCUUGGACUGUGAAAAACCAGGAAUAUCUUGCCUAACAAUGCACUGUAACCUCAGUGCACUCGUUAAAGAAGAAAGUCGAACUAUAGACAUUUACAUGCUGCUGAACACAGAAAUACUGAAGAAGGACAGCUCAUCUGUCAUCCAGUUCAUGACCCGCGCCAGGGUGAAGGUGGCCCCCGCCCUGAGGGUGGUGGAAAUAGCCGGUGGAAACCCAGAGGAGAUGACGGUGGUCUUCGAGGCAUUGCACAAUCUGGAGCCCCGAGGCUACGUCGUGGGGUGGAUCAUCGCUAUAAGCUUGCUGGUAGGAAUCCUCAUCUUCCUGCUGCUGGCCGUGCUGCUCUGGAAGAUGGGCUUCUUUCGCAGAAGGUACAAAGAAAUUAUCGAAGCCGAGAAGAACCGGAAAGAGAAUGAAGACAGUUGGGACUGGGUCCAGAAAAACCAGUGACCUGCCAUCCCAGUCACGUGGCCCAAUCGUCCGCCUGUCGUCCUGAUCUUUGUAUCUUCCAUAUUUGGAAGAAAGAAUCUUCUCCAGAUUUUUCGGAGGCCCCACUGACGCUGUUCUCGCCCUCACUCUUUCAAGCCCAGGUGCCAACCUGAGGCAGCCACUUCGGCCAGGUCACCUGACUGGAAACCAUCACCACCACUUCCUUUGAAAGCUGAACUCUGAACUUGGGGAAGCAGGCUGCGGAGCCCGGCAGUAUUUAUGGAUGCAACGUGCGUGGUCAACCCUCAGGGGAAAACUGUUACCUAAAAGUAUUUUUAUAAAUAUAAGCCUUUUAUACUGAUUAUGUCUUUAUAUUUGUAUCAAUGUUUUAUUAUUUCUAUUAAAUGGUUAUAUAAUUCACUCAAGCACUGAUAUCUGGCCUGAAAUCUUGGAAAUCCAUGUACCUUCAUGCAGAUGUUAAGGGAUAAAGAUCUUAUUGUACUUUGGAACUUGCUGUUAAAAGAGACUGGUGGAUGAAAUGAUCUGAAGAAACCUUGUGUGAUGAAUCCACCGAGCGGGCGGUGCUGUAAAUCAGCUGUGGCCGUGGCCGACUCCUAAGACGUUUCAAGUCUUUCUUGCCCGGCGUCAAGUGUGAAGUAAUGUGCUAAAGACCUAUGGGUGUUUUUUUCAUAUGUACCUUUCAUUGGAAGAUUCCCAACAGGAAUUUGGAUGAAAAAACCUGAUUCCUGAGGUCUGCUCUGCAUCACCUUAUACAGCAGACAUCUCACCCUCCUACUUGGAUUAGGAGAUGAAAGCUUGGAGUCAUGCCAGCGGGUCAUCUGGUAAACCUCAGAAUGGCGUCCCAUCUUGGACAUCGUGCAUCAGACUCCACACGCCACAGGGACUAAAUCAGUGCCCACCAAACAGAGACUUGUGUCUGAAUGUUGGGAUGUGUUGCCUUUUCAUGGUAAUUUGAGUCCAGAGGUCUCCAUUUCCCCUGUCGCUCCUCCUGUCCCCGUUAGUGGUAAUUGCAAAGUCCUUCCCAGAGAUGACCAUUCAACCCAUCUUAUUUUUUUAAAAUCAUGUCUUAGGUGGGGUUCUUAAGAAGUAGACCCUGAGACAAGGAUUUUCAUGCAGUGACUUAUUAAAGAAGUGUCCCCAGGGCACAUCAGUAAGGACAUGAGGGAAGCAGGAAGGGUGGGGGAGGAAGCCAAGGAAGAGAGCCAUGUCAGGGCAGGUCUCGUGGGAGGAAGCUUCAGCCUGAUCCCGCAGGGGGAGCUCUGGAGGGUCAGUUGUCCCAGCCCAUAGCAAGGUUGCUGACCUUUCAUAGCCUUUGCACUCAGCGGAGCUACAAACCUUCUGCUUUCACUUCCUGUUGGCAAAAUGGCCCCAGGAGCUCAGGCGCAGUCCUCAAAAAGAGAGCUCACCCCCAGCCUGGGAGGCACACAAAUGAUGCAGAGGGAUCUGGGCAUGGUGCUGAUGUCCUGGCCUGUCCCUGCGCGUGUUCGUGCUGAGCGCCGGCCUUCGCUAUCCAAGCUCUCUGACUGUGUUUAUUACCAGGCACACAGCGCUGCCCAGAUUUGAGUGCAGUGCGAUUCUCUGAAAGGGCAAGGAGGUGAUGGAUGUAGCGUGCUCAGCACCGCGCCUGGCCGCCAGUGAACCCUCAAUAACUCUAGCUGCUGUCACCGCUGCUGGAAAACCAUCUGGUGUGACAGAGAAUGUGCCUAAGAGCAGGGACCGACAGAGUCCUUAGUGACUUAUCCCAGCCUGCUCAAGCCCUGGGUGCAAACAGAGGGCAUUGGAUGGGAAUGAAACAAGAAAUAAGACCAGGGGUCUUUCUUUUCGGGCUUUGUUAACUGCGAGCUAAAAAUGUUGGGAGCCUGUGAACGUUGUUGAAAAGACACAGAACUCGACUUCGGGGGAGACAGGUUUUUCUAUUACACAUACUUGGCUAAUACUUGCAAACAGAUCUGAAGUUUGGGCAAAAUUAUGAGGGUUCAGGGAGGUCGUGAACCUGGCAGGGAACACGUGUGUCUUAUCAUUUCUUAUGCAAUUGACUCUGAGACGGGAAAAUACACGAUGCAUCCAGCUUUCCUUGCUGGUGAACGUGGAAAUAGACAACAGCCAGAGGGGCAAGGGCAUGAAUUAGGCUGGUCUUAGAAUGAAGUCAGGAAUGUCCCUUCUCACAGAGGGAUGGAGGCCAGGAGGUGACUACAGGCAGAUGCAGGCCAAGAAGCCAGUUCUCAGAGUUCACCGAUGAGCUUUAUCAAAAGUAGUAAGCCCACUCUGUCCUGAGCUGGAUUUUAGUCACUCAUGUCACAGCUAUCUGUGGGGCCGGGGCUGUGCACCAGGCUCUAUGCUAAGUGCCAGAGGUUCCCCGGGGGGAAGCACACGUUCCCGCAGUCGAGCGUAGAGCCCAGAUUCUUUUACAAGCCCCCUUUGCAGCUUUUCCUUCGAUGAACUCUUCCUCGUGGUGUCAUGUGGUCCUUCAGUAAAUCGUUCAGGAUUCUUAGGUGGUAGGCCUGGGGCAGCUCCAUCAGUGGCUUUGGCCAAGUGCAUGAAUGGUCACUGACCAGCCUCCUGCAAGGGGUGCAGACGCAUGGGUGACAGUGUAGCAGGGUGACUGGCAGGCCUGCGGUUCCACCAGCCAGAGGGGAAAGCCUCAUUUGGAGAAGGGCAGGCUCCAUGGGCAACCUCAGAGCUGGUGUCCGUUUGCUUCUGGAUGAUUGUGAAUGGUGGACACACACAAGUGUUCGCGUACCCGGGAGAUGACUAAGAUGUCAUAGGGCAGCUUUUAGGAGAAUUGUGCUUGGCAUCCCCCGGAGCAGUACCGGCGGCCCCUCUGGACCCUGUUUGGGGAAGGGUGGUACCUCUGCUUAUCUCGUGAUGCUGAGUAGCAGGCAGGGCUGCAGGGACUGGGAGUCACCAGUGAGCACACUGAGAGGUAGAGAAGUCAAGCAGGUUGUCAGCACUCUCCCAGCUCGGGCAGCUCUGAAGGCCUCGACAGGCUCUCGGGGAGCAGACAGUAUGGGUUGGUGUGUCUCUGUCACGUCUCCGGAAGGUUCUUUUAGAAUUCCACAGUGAGUUCCAGUUUCCAUCUUUCCUGCUUCUGUGGGCUCACUGUGGAAUCCUGUACCUUUAAAUGUGCUUCAGCUUUUAGUUGUGUAUUUGCUAGAACUUUAAGCAACUGUCAGAAGGAUUGAGGUGCUUUUUAAAUAUGAAAAAAGGACCUUUGUAGAAAUGAAGUGAAAUAAUGCCCCCUUUGCAAAAAUGACUAUCUUAUGCUAAGUUUGCACAGGACUCAGGAGUUUGGAACAUCCUCAGAGUGGGCCCUGGACCUGUCACAAAGAGGCCAUGAGGGUUAGGAAAGAGGGGACACCAGCAGGAGUGAGUAGGUCCAGUGACUUUAUGGUGACUGACAGGCACAUGUCCGGAAUCACUUGCUACUGAGGUCACUGAGGCAAUUCUUCAGGAAAAUUCCAUCUGCAUCACCAAGUCCAUCAGCAUUCGGAAGUCUGGUGAGCUUUGUAGAAAAUCCAAUACAAAGUCCUCCUUCACCAAGUCAUAGGUAGCCUUCAGCCCUAGGGCCAAAGACAAGGAGGUUAAAAAAAAAAAAAACAAAAAACCCAGCAGACCUCCUGGAAACAUCCAGGACCUGUUUCCAGUGUGGACGUGUGGUGGGCCCCUGAGGUGAUACGAUGUGUGCUGUGUGCUGCCCAUGGAACUGUAGCAUAGUCAUUUUAAAAAGGUGGUUCACUUUUAUGUUUGGGUAAGGCUUCGUGCCAGGUGAGUGCAGGUACACACGGGUUACACGGAAAACCUAUGCCUGAUGAAAUGUACACCUGAAUCAGAUCUCCCCAAAUUCAGAGGCACUGCAAAGAAUUGCUGUUUGGGAGAAAUGGCCCUUUAGCAGAUAAAAGGAGGAAAGUGAGUGUCAUUUAGAAAUGUUCCAAGCAUGCAGAGUUUUAGUCUAUGCUUUUGUUUUGCUGUAUAGAUCAAUAAUAUCCAUAGUGGACAAUGUGUUCUGAAGCAAAGAAUGGCUGAAGGGAGGAGACAGAGGCAGUUGGGCCAAAAUGAACCUUGUAGAAUGUCUUCUGGUUUUUCAGCACGUUAGGGAGAUAAUGAACAAAUGUCCCACGUGGUGCAAUGCUUUAGAGCACAGUGACCUAGAUUUCAGACUUUGUUAAGGUUUUGCAAAGUUGUAAUGUGCACGAUGUGACUGGCAGAGUGAGUUUAAAGGCUUUAAGAGUGAAUUCAUUGCAUGGCAGGCACCCACGCGAACGUCACUUCUAGAACGUGACUCAUGCAUCCAUGGACGGUUCUGUUGAGGAAUUACGGUGGGAGGGGAAUUCCUCUUCACGAAGUCACGUGUAUUAAAGUUUAUGCAGUCACUUCUAAAUCACUUGCACUGUUUGGGAAAUGCAGGUUUACAAAAAUACGUGUUUGGAAUAAAAAAAAAUGGCUGCAAAUGA